AUGAUCGAGGCAGACGGAGAGGCGGUAGAUCCAGCAGAAACCGAGUCAAAUUCAGUGUCAGAGUCUGACUCAGUUGGAGACACGGAUUCGGAGGCUGAUCAGAAGGUCCCCAAGGACUACGGACUGAUGCCAGGAGAGACGCCAUACCGUGACUGGCCUGGACCAAGUGCAAGGGAGUGUCAGGUCGUCUACGACAUCCUCGCUCAGGAAUAUAAGCAGAGAGAGCAGAGUGAAGAGCCUGCAAAGCGCAAUGCACUCAACUUUAUCCAACCAGCCAGGAUACCGCCAGCUUCCGCUAACGUCGCUGGAUGUGGAGAAGUGCCAUGCUUGGUUGAUGCUAUGAUAAGAACAAUCAUCAGCCAGUCUGUCACUCGAGAAAGCGCCGACAAGGUGAUAGAGAAUAUUAUCAAGCUGGUUGGUAUGCUUGACGAGGACGGAUCUGGUUCAGCGGGCAUUAAUUGGAAUGCUCUUCGACAUGCACCGAGGGAUGCAGUGUUGGAGGCCUUCCGACCAGGUGGACUUGGUCCCACGAAGUAUAAGGCUAUCAAGACUUGCCUGAAGAUAAUUCGCAAAGAUAAUAAGAAGAGGGCCAAGACUUACCUGGAAGACAGCGAAACGGGAAAAACAGCAGGAUUGGGACGAGACCAGAAGGAUCACCAGCUGAGCAAGAUCAAUGCGGGCAUACUGACACUGGAUCACAUCCGAGUCAUGGAGCCACAUGAAGCAAUGCUGGAACUCGUCAAGUACCCCCAGGUUGCAGUGAAGACUGCUUCUUGUCUUCUUCUCUUCAACCUACAGAUGCCCAGUUUUGCGGUUGAUACCCAUGUGCAUCGGAUGACCAGAUGGCUGGGAUGGGCCCCCAUGAAGGCGAACCACAACGACACGUAUAUGCACUGCGACUUUCGGGUACCCGACCACCUUAAGUACGGACUUCAUCAGCUGUUCAUUGAGCAUGGAGGAAAUUGUUUCCGCUGCCAAGGGAACACUGUGGAAGGAACUGAGAAGUGGCACAGUACCGUCUGUCCACUCGAGCACCUUCUGACCCGUGUCAAGAAACAAAGCCAGGCGAAGGUGAAGAACAAGACUGUGAGAGAUUCAGGCACCCUUGAUGAGUGGGUGCAAGUUACCAAACCUGAAGCCGAUGGAUGA